AUGAACGGACUCUGCUUGGAGAGCGACUACUCGUACACGUCUGGCAGCACAAGUGUAACCGGCUCAUGCAACAGCAAGUCGUGCACCAAGAAGAAGCUCAGCAUCGGCGAGACCGUCCUCGUGAUGGGUGAGCAGGUGCUGGACGAGUAUUGCCCCGGGAUGUACUCGGACCACGCCGUCAUCGCUGUGGGUUACGACGAGGGCUCGUACAAGCUCCGCAACUCGUGGGGCGCCGACUGGAACGAAGCCGGCCACAUCCUAGUCAAGCGUGGGGUGAGCGGCAGAGGCGUGUGCAACGUUGCCGAGUUCGUCGUUUUCCCCAAAAUCGAAGGCAGCACGCCCACCAAGUCGCCGUCCCCCGCGACUACACGUAAGCCCACCCCGACGACUCCUCAACCGGACUUGUGCGCCGACUGCAUCGGGUGCUUCUACCCUGACGCGAACCAGUGUUUGACUGCCGAGUUUACCAAGGAUGCUUGCGACUUCCACAGUGCUAAGUUUGGCACGGUGUGGUGUGGUGACAGCCCUACUCCUACUCCCAAGCCCACCUUAAGUCUUGGCUGUGGCACGUGCGACGUGUGUUACGAUCCGGCCGCUGACCAAUGCUUCGAAAGCAUCAGCAAGAACGACUGCCAAGCCUCGGCCUUAACCAAGGGCUAUUUGUGGUGCGGCAAGUGA